GGAUGGUACUCGAUAUGAUUCUGCGUGAUAUUGAGCGGGUGCUAUAUUUUGAAGCCUAUGUAGUGAUUGAUCCGGGCAUGGUGUCCAAUCUCAAGCGCGGUCAGAUUAUGUCUGAGGAAGAGUAUUAUGCCCGUUGUGAAGAGUUUGGAGAAGAUGAGUUCAAGGCUUUAAUGGGUGCAGAAGGCAUUCAAGAACUUUUACGGACCAUCGAUUUACCUCGUGAAAUUGAAACGUUGUCUGCUGAACUCAAAGCGACGAGCUCUGAAACAAAAAUUAAAAAGGUGGCAAAACGUUUAAAAGUUUUAGAGGCUUUCCAGCGUUCUGGCGCGAAGCUCGAAUGGAUGAUUUUAGAAGUGUUGCCCGUGUUGCCGCCUGAGUUGCGCCCUUUAGUGCAUUUGGAUGGUGGUCGUUUUGCGACCUCUGACUUAAAUGAUUUAUAUCGCCGUGUCGUUAACCGUAAUAAUCGUCUGCGCCGCUUGUUAGAAUUACGUGCACCUGAAAUUAUUGUCCGCAACGAAAAACGGAUGUUACAAGAAGCGGUGGACUCAUUGUUAGAUAAUGGUCGUCGCGGUAAAGUCAUGACAGGGGCUAACAAACGGGCACUGAAAUCAUUAGCCGAUAUGAUUAAAGGUAAGGGCGGUCGUUUCCGUCAAAACCUCUUAGGAAAGCGGGUGGAUUAUUCUGGUCGUUCGGUGAUUGUGGUGGGGCCUUAUCUCAGAUUGCAUCAAUGCGGUUUACCUAAGUUGAUGGCGCUGGAGUUGUUUAAACCAUUUAUUUUUAAUAGGUUGGAGACAAUGGGGGUGGCGACCACCAUUAAAGCUGCGAAAAAAGAAGUAGAAAACCAAACCCCAGUGGUAUGGGACGUUUUGGAAGAAGUGAUUCGCGAACAUCCUAUUUUAUUGAAUCGUGCUCCAACACUUCACCGUUUAGGGAUUCAGGCAUUUGAACCGAUGUUAAUUGAAGGUAAAGCGAUUCAAUUGCAUCCACUAGUCUGCGCGGCAUUUAAUGCUGACUUUGACGGUGACCAAAUGGCGGUACAUGUCCCCCUUUCACUCGAAGCGCAGGUUGAGGCGCGUUCCUUGAUGAUGGCAUCUAAUAAUGUGUUGUUCCCUGCCAAUGGUUUACCAUUUUCGUUUAUUAAUAAAGCAUUAAAAAAGAAAGAAAUUUCUCGUCUGAUUAAUGCGUCUUUCCGUCGUUGUGGUUUGCGCGAUACGGUGGUUUUUGCUGAUCGUUUGAUGCAAAAUGGUUUCCGCUUGGCAACUCGUGGCGGUUUAUCGAUUUGUGUGGAUGACAUGUUGGUGCCUAAGGCCAAACCUGAGCUGAUUCAUGCUGCAGAAACCAAGGUCAAAGAGGUCGGUCGCCAAUAUAUGUCAGGGUUUGUGACCGCGCAAGAGCGUUAUAACAAUGUGGUCGAUAUUUGGGGCAGCACUAGUGACGCUGUAGGUAAGGCCAUGAUGGAGCAUCUUUCGCAUGAGGACGUGGUUGAUCGACAUGGGCAAACGGUUAAACAAGAAUCGUUUAACUCGAUCUAUAUGAUGGCCGAUUCAGGCGCGCGGGGUUCUGCUGCACAGAUUCGUCAGUUAGCCGGGAUGCGGGGGUUGAUGACCAAACCGGAUGGUUCGAUUAUUGAAACACCGAUUACUGCGAACUUCCGUGAAGGAAUCAGUGUGUUACAGUAUUUUAUUUCAACCCAUGGUGCGCGUAAAGGUUUGGCUGAUACCGCAUUAAAAACCGCUAACUCAGGUUACUUAACCCGUCGUUUAGUGGAUGUGACCCAAGAUCUCGUGGUUACGGAAGAAGAUUGUGGCACCGAACGGGGUGCGAUGAUGAAAGCGAUUGUUGAAGGCGGUGAAGUGAUUGAGCCUUUACGUGAACGCAUUUUAGGCCGAGUGGCAGCCGCUGAUGUUGUUAAUCCUGAUACGUUAGACGUGGUGAUUGCUUCUGGAACUUUAAUUGAUGAAGAUACCGUUGAUUUAAUUGAUCAAUUGGGUAUUGAUGAAGUCUUUAUCCGUACGCCACUCACGUGCGAAACGCGUUACGGUUUGUGCGGGAAAUGUUACGGUCGCGAUUUGGGACGGGGAACGUUAGUGAAUAUCGGUGAGGCUGUUGGUGUCAUUGCGGCGCAAUCGAUCGGUGAGCCAGGAACCCAGUUAACCAUGCGGACCUUCCAUAUUGGUGGCGCGGCUUCGCGGGCGGCGGUCACCUCUUCUGUUGAGGUGAAAUCUUCGGGAACGAUUGCUUUUGCAGGAGGAAUUCGCUACUUAACGAAUCCAAAAGGCGAUCAAAUUGUGAUUUCGCGUUCUGGUGAAGUUGCGGUGAUGGACGAUAACGGACGCGAACGUGAACGUCACAAAAUUCCUUAUGGCGCAACAUUAGUGUCGGGCAGCGAAGUGAAAAUUCCUGGUACCGAACACACCGUGACGAUUGCAUUCCAAGUCGGGUCCUUAAUUACCGUUAAAGAUGGUCAACAAGUGGCGAGCGGUGAAAUUUUGGCACGGAUUCCGAUUGAAUCACAAAAAACCCGUGACAUUACGGGUGGUUUACCACGGGUUGCUGAGUUGUUUGAGGCACGGGCACCAAAAGACUCUUCCAUCCUAGCUGAAGUGACGGGGACGGUAUCAUUUGGUAAAGAAACCAAAGGUAAGCAGCGUCUCGUGAUUGCUGAUUUGGAUGGACAAUCGCAUGAGUUCUUGAUUCCUAAAGAAAAACAAGUCCUUGUGCAUGAUGGUCAGGUGGUCAACAAAGGUGAGAUGAUUGUCGAUGGCCCACGUAAUCCGCACGAUAUUCUUCGCUUGCAAGGUAUUGAAGAGUUGGCGCGUUAUAUUGUGAACGAGGUGCAAGAGGUUUAUCGUUUGCAGGGUGUAAAAAUUAAUGAUAAACACUGUGAAGUGAUUGUGCGCCAAAUGCUUCGUCGGGUUUCGAUUACCGAUCCUGGUGAAACGAACUUUAUCACAGGUGAGCAAGUGGAACGUUCAGACAUGCUUAAUGAAAACGAUCGUGUAAUUGCCGAAGGUAAACGUCCAGCAUUGUAUGACAAUAUUUUGCUAGGGAUUACUAAAGCUUCGUUGUCAACAGACUCCUUCAUUUCAGCUGCCUCAUUCCAAGAGACUACUCGCGUCUUGACAGAAGCUGCAGUAAUGGGCAAAGUCGAUCAAUUGCGUGGCCUCAAAGAAAACGUCAUCGUUGGCCGAUUGAUUCCAGCAGGUACCGGUCUUGCGUUCCACACAGCUCGCAAGGCAAAAGACAAACUUGACCAAGAAAUGCAUCAACGUAUCGCAACUGAGGAAAUGAAUCAAGGGGAUACGCUGGUCGUGGAGGACGUAUUUGGUGAGCCAAGUGGAGAA